AUGUCUUCCUCAAUCAAUCGCCAAAACAAGCCAUACAUGGGGAUGACCGGGGGAUGGCUUACUUUCUGGAUCACUGUGGCUUGUGCCACUGACAUGAGCUUGUUCGGUUACGAUCAAGGUCUUUUCAGCGGCGUCAUUGUCACGAAAAACUUCUUAGUUGUGCAUGGCUUGGGUGGACCGUCCAAGACCACAACUCUCUCCACAGUUACUGCAAUUUAUGAUAUUGGGUGCUUCUUUGGUGCUCUCAUUGCCUUCACAAUUGGCGAGCAUCUUGGUCGGAAGAAAUCAAUUCUGCUAGGAACAGUGAUCAUGGCUAUUGGUACCCUGCUUCAAUGCACUUCAUACAGUCUACCGCAGAUUUUUGUUGGCCGGGUCAUCCUGGGGCUGGGGAACGGCAUUAACACGGCAACAGCGCCACUUUGGCAAACAGAGACCUCUCAGCCUAAAUGGAGAGGAAAGCUAGUGUUUCUUGAACUGGUCAUGAAUAUAUUUGGCUUUUCGAUGGUGAACUGGAUAAAUUAUGGCCUAUCCUUUGCCGGUGGAAGUGUGGCCUGGCGGUUUCCAAUCGCUUUCCAGUUCAUGUUUAUCUUUGUUUUAUUCGGGACUGUCCCAUGGUUGCCGGAGUCCCCAAGAUGGCUUCUGCAAAAAGGUCGCGAAGAAGAAGCUUGCAAAGUUCUUGCAUGCAUUGAAGAUAAGCCCGCUGAUGAUCCCUAUAUCAUAACACAGAAAAACGAAAUCGAAUACACUAUCUACUAUGAGCGCGAGAAUGCUAUUCGGUGGCGCGAUAUAUUCUCCUUCAGAGAGACAAAUACUGCGGACUCUAAGAACCUAAGACGACUUCUUCUUGGUGCUGGCACGCAGUUCAUGCAGCAGUUUGAAGGGAUCAAUAUCAUGUCCUACUACUUGCCUACUGUUUUGAUUAACUCUGUCGGACUUUCUGAUUCGUUGGCACGGCUUCUCACCGCAGUAAAUUCUGUGACCUAUCUGAUUUGUACCUGCUGCGCAGUGGGGCUUAUUGAAAGGUUGGGGCGCCGGGGCCUGAUGCUGUUAUCAACUGCUGGUCAGUUCUUUGCUUUCCUGAUUAUUACGAUCCUGCUAUCAUUUGCGGAGGCAAGAGCUGGGACUAUUGAUGAACAUAAGUUUGGCUCUGCCUCCAUUGUGUUCUUCUUUCUGUUCUACAUCUUCUUUGGUCUUGGUAUGCUAGAGAUCCCAUGGCUUUAUCCAACUGAAAUCAACUCGCUCCAGAUGCGAGGCAAGGGCGCUGCUGUGGCAACAGCAACUAAUUGGAUCACAAACUUUGUCAUUGUGGAAAUUACUCCCAUUGGAAUCAAAAAUAUUGGAUGGAAAUUCUGGAUUAUUUGGACAGUGUUCAAUGCUGCGUUUUUGCCAGUUCUUUACUUCUUUUAUCCUGAAACAGCGAACCGCACAUUAGAAGAUCUUGAUUCAUACUACCGUUCGAACCCAUCAUUAAUUGUCAUCAAUGACCCGGACGCGGUCUGUGUCAAGCGCCCGCAAAAGUAUAUCCAGCACGAAGAUAAUGAAAUGCAGAAAAUUCAGGGAAUCCAAACGAAGAAGACGGAUAAUCAAAUGAUAGAACAUGUGGCAUAAGCGAGAGGAUAGAAUAGGUAUGGCCAUCGAUCGGGAUCGAGAUUUCCAUGUCUUCUCAGCAUCUUCAACGGACUACCGAUGUGUCUUUGCCAGUUCCUGGUAGUGAUGGAGUCAUUCACAAUCUUGAGGUGGCCCAACAAGAUCGAUCGCUGAGGCCCUGGCCAGUUGACACAGUGGCUACGAGACUGACGAAGACGCUCAAUAGAGUAGCAAGAUCAUAUCUGUCAACCUAAAUCG